AUGAGAAAGUUGACUCCCCUUCAGCGGAGAGGUCGCCCAAUAAUGCAUACUGCAUCAGAUAUCCUUGGGCUGAACUUGGCAUGGUCCAGAACAAAGGGGUCAAUCCAGUCCCUUUCCAUCAUAUUUGGCAUGACUGCUACCAAUGUCCAUCGCUACCUGUACUUUGGACGGCGUAUUCUCAUAAUGGUGCUUCAAAGUCACCCUGAUGCUGCCAUCCGCAUCCCAUCAGCUGAGAAGAUUGAGGAAUACAAGCAAGCGGUCAACAAUAAGCACAAUCUCCUGACUGAUGUCUGGUGCUGUUUUGACGGUCUGAAGCUGGGAACCCAAGCUCCUACCAAUGCAGGUCUUCAGCGUAUCUUCUACAAUGCAUGGAAAGCAGACACCUUUGUGAAAGGUGUCUUUGCAUUUGUCCCAGAUGGCAAGAUUGUGAUUGCCUACUUUAAUGUCCCUGGAAGUGUACAUGAUAGUCAGCUGGCCUAUCUUGGAAACAUAUAUGGCAAAUUAAAGAGUGUCUAUGAUCAAUGUGGUGGUAUUGCUGUUGGCGAUUCUGCUUUUGCUGCUUGCGAGAGGGACUACAUCAUCAAGUCCAGCGCAAACAACAAAGAUGGGCCGCCGCCCAACCUAAACUUCAUGUCAGAAGAAGAGCUACAUGAUUAUCUUGUGAAUAACCAGGCUACAUCAUUGCGUCAGACUUCUGAAUGGGGUAUGCGUGGCCUCCAAUCAUCAUUUCCCAGACUCAAUGAUCGUAUUCAUUAUGAACAGUACAGUGAAAGGAAGUACAUCAUGAAAUUGUUCUUACUUUUGUACAAUCUUCGGGCAUCAAGAGUGGGCAUUAACCAAAUCACCAACACAUACAUGCCACAUCUAAAUCAAGAAGCCGACAACUUGUUCCCUCAGUUCAAUGAUGCUCCAAAUGAUUAA